GCUUUUCCGAGGCACAGCUCACCGUUAUACUUUCGUCCAGUUCUCAGCUAAAAAUCUCUUUUGCUGUGAUCAAAAUGCCUUUAAAGUUUGAGCUGUGUCCCGGCAGAAUGAUCGGAGGCAACCAUCCGUGCUUCAUCAUAGCUGAAAUUGGACAAAACCACCAGGGAGACAUUGAGAUUGCCAAGAAAAUGAUCAAAAUGGCAAAGGACUGUGGUGCUGAUUGUGCCAAAUUCCAGAAGAGUGAAUUAGAGCAUAAAUUUAACAAGCGAGCCUUGGAGCGCCCAUACACUUCUAAACACUCCUGGGGGAAAACCUAUGGUGAACACAAGCGCCAUCUGGAGUUCAGCCACGAGGAGUACAGGGAGCUGCAGAAAUAUGCCGAGGAGGUCGGCAUCUUCUUCACGGCCUCAGGGAUGGAUGAGAUGGCAGUGGAGUUCCUGCAUGAGCUCAAUGUGCCUUUCUUCAAAGUGGGCUCUGGAGACACCAACAACUUCCCCUAUCUGGAGAAGACUGCCAAGAAAGGACGGCCCAUGGUGGUCUCCAGCGGGAUGCAGUCCAUGGAGACGAUGCGUCGGGUCUACAAAACAGUGAAGGAGCACAACCAGAACUUUGCCAUCCUGCAGUGCACCAGCGCCUACCCUCUGGAAGCUGAGGAUGUCAACCUCCGAGUGAUAACGGAAUACCAGAAGGAAUUUCCAGAUAUUCCCAUAGGGUAUUCCGGCCAUGAGUCUGGGAUCAGUAUUUCGGUCGCGGCCGUAUCUCUGGGGGCAAAGGUCAUCGAGCGUCAUGUAACCUUGGACAAGACAUGGAAAGGAAGUGACCACGCCGCCUCGCUGGUGCCCUCUGAGCUAGCCGAGCUUGUUCGCUCCAUCCGACUGGUGGAGAGGGCGCUGGGGAGCGGCAUGAAGCAGAUGUUGCCCUGUGAGAAGCCAUGCCACGACAAGCUGGGGAAGUCGGUGGUGGCCAAAGUCAACGUCCCCAAAGGAACUGUCCUGACUCUGGACAUGUUGACGGUAAAGGUGGCUGAGCCCAUGGGCGUCGUGGCUGAGGACAUCUUCCAGCUGGUCGGGAAGACGGUAACGGAGGAUGUGGAGGAGGACGAGAGCAUCACGCCAGAGGUGGUGGACAGCUAUGGCAAGAAGGCCAAGUGCUGAGGAUGGCAGAGAGUCUUGAAAUGGGUAAAAAAAAAAAAAAAAAAAAAGAUUAAUUUCAGAGGCGAGUCAAUGGAUUCCUCUGGGGAUAAUUCAGAGGGAGCUUGAUGUGACACACAAAGGAGUGUCUUUGUUAUUUUGCUUGGUGCUACUGGCAUUUCUGACACGGAAGUCAUAAUUGGACAGUGAAUUAAUCUGAUAGUUUGAAUAUAUCACAUCUUUUCAAACAGAUGACUCCUUUGCUCAAAUAACUCAUUCACCCCGUUAGUCUUUCUUUGCCAAAGCAUUAAAAGUUGCCUUAACACAACACAGUAACUUUUUGGCAAAUAGACUCUUGAAAAAACCCACCAUUAUCUUACAAGAGGCUCAGUAGCACUCUGAGCUCUGUGGUCACUGUUUGUGCAGUGCUUUCUGAGGUGGCACAAAAGCCAGUUGUUACUGUCAACUAAACAUACUUUGCACUUUAGUUUUAGCAUGCACUGUGGAGAUUAAAAUAAUACUGAACACACAAAGCUGCUACUGCUCAUCUCAUCACACGACUGGGAGAUCACAGAGCCUGUUUGCCAAAUAGUCAGUGAACUCUUCUGCUUGUCAAGAUUGUGAACUGGUGCCAGAGUGUUUCCAGUAAUGUAAGUUUGUGGUAUCAGGCGGGGUUUGUAUUUGUGCUGCUUCUUUUGGAGAAGCAAAAUAAAACUACUGGAGCCAGAGGCAUAAAACUUGAAGAAAUGUUCAAAUGCUGUCUACACCAGAUUUGUAAAGCCCAGUGUAUGCAUUUUUCCUUCUUUUUGCUAAUGCCCACUCUCACAAUUGCCAUUGAUUUUUUCAAGAACCAGACUCCUCCUGUCAUUGCUCUGGCACCAACAUCAUCCUCUAUGUGUGAGGUCAGGAUGAAGGAUGACAACACACUUUUCUAGAUGUUAACAUGUGAAUAUCUGCUAAGACUCUGACUGAAAUCAAAGAUGUUUUGAGAAGAUCAAGCCUCCAAAUAAAAUACUGCCCAAAUC